UCGUGCACACGGCCACGUGUCCCGUUUUUCCGCGGCCGCCAGACAGAACAGCCAGCCAGCCGGCCGAUACGGUCUUAACGGAUAAUUACGGGUAAAUCGGGCGUAAUUCGUGCCCGCCCGGAAUUCGAUCAGCCAGAAUAAGUUUGUGCAAGGAACCGUCGUACCGUCUUUGUUUAUCACUGACCGGCCUUUUUGUUUUAUUUCGGUGGUACACGGACGGAUUUUGCUGGUGCUAAAGUGAUUGUUUUUUUUUUGAGUUCAUCGGUUUCCGGGUUUUUAGUUCGUUGAUUUUUUUUUGUUUUCACUUGGGUGACGGACUGUUCGCAUGAGUGGCGGUCUUCAGUGCUUUCCUUGUUUUAUCAGGACAUUUUAAGAAGUCACCCUGGGAGCGACUUCAGGACCCGUCCCGACUCCGGGCGGGUUUUCACCAGUGAUUUCCGCCUCAAAGACGCUCUCCUUACGCGACUCGUCCUGCGCCGAGGCCCUGUGGAAGAUGCCCCACAAAGAAGAAGAAUUCAUGCACCACAUGGGCCAAAAUACAAUUUUCGGAUGUUCAACAGCCGGCCACAGCGGCAUCAACCAACUCGGCGGCGUCUACGUGAACGGCAGACCGCUACCGGACUCGACUAGGCAAAAAAUCGUCGAACUGGCCCAUUCGGGGGCGCGUCCCUGCGACAUAUCCCGCAUCCUGCAAGUGUCGAACGGUUGUGUGUCGAAGAUCUUGGGCAGGUAUUACGAAACGGGGAGCAUCAAACCCCGAGCUAUUGGCGGUUCCAAGCCCAGGGUCGCGACGCAGCCGGUGGUCAACAAGAUCGCGGAAUUCAAGAGGGAGUGUCCCUCGAUUUUUGCCUGGGAGAUCAGGGAUAGGCUGCUGUCGGAGGGGGUGUGCAACAACGAUAAUAUUCCAAGUGUGUCGUCGAUUAACAGGGUGUUGAGGAACUUGGCUUCGCAAAAAGAACAACAAGCCUCGGCGCAAAACGAAUCGGUGUACGACAAAUUGAGGAUGUUCAACGGUCAAACGCCCGGCUGGGCGUGGUACCCCGGUACCCCAACCGCCCCCCAUUUGGGCCUGCCGCCCGCUCCCGCCGCACUAACAACCCAAAUAACACGGGACGACAUCCAAAAGCGAGCUGAUGCAAUGCACGAGAACACCUCCGACGGUAACUCCGAGCACAAUUCGUCCGGAGACGAGGACUCACAACUGAGACUGAGACUGAAGCGAAAGCUGCAAAGGAACAGGACUUCCUUCACGAACGAGCAAAUCGAUAGCCUGGAAAAAGAAUUCGAAAGGACCCACUAUCCGGACGUCUUCGCCCGCGAGAGACUGGCCGAAAAAAUAGGAUUACCUGAGGCACGUAUCCAGGUGUGGUUCAGCAAUAGAAGAGCGAAGUGGCGACGAGAAGAAAAACUGCGCAACCAAAGACGUGUGGUGGAUCAAGUGGCGGGCGCCGUAAGUCCACCGGCACCAUCCGGCAGACUUCCGAUUAAUUCGGGCUUUAAUUCCAUGUACUCCUCGAUCCCGCAACCGAUUGCAACAAUGGCCGACACCUACAGCUCGAUGCAGGGCGGCUUGAGCAGCAGUUGCCUGCAGCAGAGGGACACCACGGGGUACCCGUACAUGUUCCACGAUCCGUUGCACACGUUGAGCUCUUCGUACAACUCGCGGGCGGCCGCGGCCGCCUGCAAUCCGGCGGUGGCCCACUCCCAACCCACCACCCAUCCAUCGUACGCACCCUCGGGGACUCCCACCUCCGUGCCAGUAUCGACGGGUACCGGCGUAAUUUCGGCGGGUGUAUCGGUUCCGGUGCAGAUCCCGAGCCAGAACGCCGACCUGUCCUCAAACCUGGCGACGAACUACUGGCCGCGCAUUCAGUGAUCUCAACUUUUCGGGUUUCCACCGCCCGGCCUGCUCGUGCACCAGGAUAACCCGACCCUGCAGCCGGCGCUGACGCCGCCCGUAGCGGCCGCGGCAGCCGCCUCCGACCCGGAGACCACCUCUUAAACGGGACAAACGAUGCGAACCCGGACCAGCAGGGUACAUAAAUGUGAAUAGUGUACAUAGUUGCGGUGUAUCAUACAGGAUUCUAUAAAGUUUAAGGAUUCUCUCAACAACAAAACGACGAAUUUCUACAAGCUAUUGUUGUGCUGUACGAUUAGUGAUUGGUGAUCGAAACGUUGUUCAGUGACUGGGGAUGCGAUCGAUUUUUCGAUUAGACUCACCGGUUGAAUUUGCAAUAUUUAUUACUUAUAACAGGGUUGAAUGUUGUAUUUCUGAGCAAAGCAAUAAACUUCUACGACUAUUGAAAUUGUUACGUUCUAUUAGAGGUAAUUGUAUAGGAACAAUGGUUUUUACGUAGGAAUGUGUCAAACUGUAAUUAAGCAUUCUUCCGGUUUUUCAAUUCUACACGACUAAUGUUUUAAUGUACGUAAAAAUCACUGUUUAUUCAACUUUCAGCCACUUCUAUUUAACUACCCUGUUUUAAAUUACAGUAUUCCACAGUAAUAAUAAUUAAGUAAUUGUAAAAAUAAAUGUACGGACUGUGUUAUAAAUUUAAUAAAAUGAAAGUUAGGCACAUUUUUAGUUCCUAAAAUGCAAAGCUUUUAAUUUUUUUAUAUAGUGUAUAGUGAUACUUAAAGUAUUAUUACUAAGUGUUGUGUAAAUUUAUUGUUGCUGUGAUUAAUUUUAAUAAUUACUACAUUGAAUUUUAUGUAGGGUAGCAUAUAUCGCUGUGUAGACGUGUAUAAAUAUUUGUGGAGUAAUAAAUUAACUAUCCAAA